AUGGCCCUUUGCUUGGUGUCUGCACUGCUGUUGCUGCUGCUGCUGGGGUGGCCGAGCUCGGCGGGACCGAACCGAUGCGUGGACGCGGCCGAGGCGUGCACGGCGGACGCGCGCUGCCAGCGACUGCGCACCGAGUACGUGGCUCAGUGCCUGGGCCGCGCCGCGCCGGCAACCUGCGCUCGAGCCCGCUGCCGCCGCGCUCUGCGCCGCUUCUUCGCCCGCGGGCCGCCUGCGCUCACCCACGCGCUGCUCUUCUGCGCGUGCACCAGCCCCGCGUGCGCGGAGCGCCGGCGCCAGACCUUCGUCCCCGCCUGCGCCUUCUCGGGGCCCGGCCGCGCGCCGCCCUCCUGCCUGCAGCCGCUGGAUGCUUGCGAGCACAGCCGGAUCUGCAGGCCCCGCCUCCUGGCCUUCCAGGCCUCGUGUGCUCCGGUUUCCAGCUACCCCGACGGCUGCAUGCAGGACCAGGCCCCCAGCUGCAGGCGCGCCUUCGCAGGCCUCGUAGGCACUGCCGUCACCCCCAACUACGUGGACAACGCGAGCGCGCGCGUGGCGCCCUGGUGCCACUGCGGAGCCAGCGGGAACCGGCGCGAGGAGUGCGAAGCCUUCCGGGGGCUCUUUACAAGCAACCGCUGCUUGGAUGGAGCCAUACAGGCCUUUGACAGUGGGUGGCCCCGGCAGGUGGCAGGCUGGGACCCUGAGCACAGACUCCUGCAGGUGUCCUCUGUCCCUGGAGGGGCGCUGGAGGGGGGCUGCCUGCUCUCCCUGCUUCCCAUCUUGACCCUCCAGCCCCUGCUCUGAUGAGGACAGCGGAUCUCAGACUGCAC